CGGGCGCCGGACCCCCAGGAGGAGCGACAGGUCUCGGGCCCUCAAGCGGAGCGGCGGGCGCCGGACCCCCAGGCGGAGCGACAGGUCUCGGACCCUCAGGCGGAGUGGCGGGCGCCGGACCCCCAGGCGGAACGACAGGUCUCAGGCCCCCAGGGGGGCGGCAGGGCACCGAGUCACCAGGCACAACCCGGGCACCGCGUCAUCUGGCAAGGCAGUGGGCUCCGAGUGACUGGUUAUGACCGUGGGCACUGGGUCAGACAUUGGAUCGUCUGGCUGGACAGCGGGCAUGGGUCACCAGGGCAUCAGGUCAUUUGGCUUGACAGCGGGCACCGCGUCAUCUGGCAAGGCAGUGGGCUCCGAGUCAACAGGCACGACAGUGAGCAUCGGGUCAUCAGGUACCGGAUUGUCUGGCUCGACAGCGGGGCAUGGGUCACCAGGCAUCAGGUCAUUUGGCUCGACAGCGGGCACCGGAUC